AUGAAAGUUGCAUUUAAGAGAUUACUGCGAUUCAAGAGCCCUGAUGGGCGUAUUCUCUAUGGCGAGGCACCAGCUGGAGACAUCUAUCCCCGAACCAGUUUGGUGGUACCAGUUUAUGAGGGCAUCAAUCCCUGGGACCUGAAAGUGACGGAAGCAACUGCCGAAGUGGCCGAAGUUCUCUGUCCGCUGGCAUAUACACCAAUCAUUUAUGGCAUCGGGUUGAACUACAAGACUCAUAUCGCCGAGGCAAAAUGGCCAACGCCACCGUAUCCGACCGUGUUUAUGAAACCUCCUGGAGCUUUGAACGGGCCAUUCUCAGACAUCACCGUAGAUUCACAAUGCCGGCAGAUCGACUAUGAAGGCGAGUUGGUUGUGAUCAUUGGGAAAGAUUGUAAAAAUGCAUCAAGCCCCGCGGAAGCACUGGAUGCCGUAUUGGGAUAUACAGUAGGCAAUGAUGUGAGCAGCAGGGACUGGCAAAUACCAGAAGUAAGCGGUAACCAGCACGGCUACGCCAAAAGCUUCGACGGAUUUGCCCCCAUCGGGCCUCUCAUUGUUUCUACCGAUCUUGUUCCAGAUGUCGGGAAGUUAAGGUUACAGACUUUGGUGAAUGGGGAAGUGCGACAGUCUGCUCAAUUGGAUGACCUGCUGUUUGGGGUCGCAGAGAUCAUUAUGCACCUCAGCAGGGCAACAACCUUGAAGGCUGGGACUGCUAUUAUGACUGGGACUCCGGGAGGCGUUGCUGCCUUUAUGAAGCCGCAAGCCUGGCUUAAGAAUGGUGAUGUUGUUGAGGUUGUGAUUACCGAAAUCGGAACGAUCAGGAAUACAUUUAGUGUUUAG